AGCUAGCUUACUGUGAACAUGUCUAUGUAACCUAGUGCGUUUGCUUUUUUUGUUGUUGUAAGUAGCUAGGUAGUUAGCUAGCUAACAAAAUGUUAACCAGGCUUGGAGUUUUGUACCUGAAUGACAAUGGUUAUAUGAACAUUGUCAAAACACUUUGCACUAGUACAAAUAGAUACCUUAAAGGCUUUGCCUCGGAUGAUAUAAAGAACUUUAUUAUAGAAAACACUGAGAUCGUAAGAAAGCAUAACUUGACCCCAGAAAUCCAUUUGAGACUGUUCACCCCAAAUUGUCGGUUUUGGCAUGCAAGACCAGAACUGUGGCCCUUCUCUGACCCAUUCUGGGCAAUAUACUGGCCAGGGGGACAAGCACUCGCCAGGUAUCUCUUGAGUAACCCUGGAGUGUCGCAGGGCAAGAGAGUGUUAGAUCUGGGGUGCGGCUGUGGAGCCUCAGCUAUAGCUGCCAAGUUCUGCGGUGCUUCUCAUGUAGUAGCCAAUGACAUCGAUCCUGUUGCAGCCAUCGCGACCCAGCUGAACUGUGAGCUGAAUGGCCUGAACCCCCUCCCUUGUGAUACGGAGAACGUUAUUGGUUCAGAGCCCAAGGGUUAUGAUCUCAUCCUCCUGGGAGACAUGUUCUAUGAGGAGGCGUUGGCGGACAGCCUCCACAGCUGGUUAAACCGCUGCAUCCAGACCCACAGAACACAUGUCCUGAUAGGAGACCCGGGGAGGGCCCAGUUUGAAGGACACAGCAUCAGGAGGCUCCUGCGUCAGGAGGCUCAGUUUGAACUGCCUAAAGCUGUCAGAGAGGAGAACUAUGGACUGACCUGCAGCACUGUGUGGCGCUACCUGCCUGAACUCUGACACAUAGAUAACAUCUCUCACAAACCCAGAUUGUAUGUGCUUUAGCGCACUCCUUCAACUGUUGUUGUUCGUGACACUUGACAUAUGACUGUGGAAUUGAUAUCACCAAGUGCAUGGCAUUGACUCAAUCAAAACCUGUCGAUCUUUGCCAUGAAGUUAAAUGUACUGUCGUUAAACAACCACCUCUUUUGACAUUUCAAACCUAACCAUGGGUUGGUCAGGAAGCCAUUCACCUGCUCCAGACGUCAUGUCAUCUUCAUCACACAGCCAUCCCUCAUCAUUCUCCAGGCCAGGUGGGCCGUGUUGCGGGCAUCGUGUCUCUUGUAUACAAAACCCAGCCAUAAUGCCACAGUAGUAUGGGGUGUGGUCUCAACAAAAAAAAUUGUACACAGAUCUAUAAAAUGACAAGUAACAUGUAAUUCAGUACAUAUUACAAAUGCAAUCAAUCACAGCUGUGUAAACAAUAAAGCAUGUCAACUUACAA